UGCUCAGAGUCAGAGGAGCGUACCGGGGCGUUUUGAAGUUCCCAUAGCCAUGGCCCUGGCGGCUAUGCAGUCCGUGGCAGCUUUGGUCCUCUGUGGCCUUACCCUGUGCUUCGCAGAGUGCCAGGGCGACUGUGAAGCGGAGGACACUGGGCUUGUGCAAAGGCCGAAAUACUACAACUACGGCUAUUACCACAAGGACUACUACCACAAAUACUACAGCAGGCGCCGUCGCCGGGAGCGGAAGAAGCCGAACAUCUUGAUCAUCAUCAUAGAUGACUUGGGCUUCAAUCAGGUUGGCUUUCGGGCCAAACCUGAGAAGAAUUACGACGUGAAGACCCCGAACAUCGACGCCCUGGCAGACGAGGGCAUCGUCAUGGAUCGCUUCUAUGCGACCCCGUGGUGCGCUCCCAGUCGCGGGGCGAUACAGUCAGGACGCCUGGAUGUGAUCAACCCCAACGUGCCCAACAACGUUUGGAACUUCGACCCGAACGCCACCUACAACGACAGCGCCGGCGAGGCGCAGUUCGCGCCCUACGUGGGCGGCAUACAGCCCGGCACCUUGACCAUGGGGAAGCGCUUUGCGGAGCUGGGCUACGUCACACACCUCAACGGCAAGUGGGGCAUCGGCGGUGCAUCCUUCUUGAACACGCCCAUGGGAAUGGGCUACUCCAGCUUUCUGGGCUGGUUCGGCGACAGCAUGGAGAGCUGCGACGGCGCGGAGCCCGGCUUCGCGGUGGGCGGCGCCGGGCCCUUCUUUGACGCCCUGCCGGGGUUUUGGCGCCAAGAUUCUCAGGCGAGUUUUAACGCCUCCUGGUGCUCCCUGUUGAAGAGCGCCCAAUUGACAGAGGAGGAGAUCUCCGUAGGCUGCAGGAGCUUCAAACAGGAGCUCGACGAUGUGGCAGACGAAAUGAUCCGCCGGCGCUCCCGGGAGAUCAUCACGCAGCACGACUACGAGAAGCCGCUCUUCUUGGUGCACGCCUUGCAGCUGAUGCAUUUGCCCAUGCAGUACCCGAAGCGCUUCGCGCCAACGGUGACCAAUGCCAGAGAACCCCUCAACGAAGACUUGCGCGCAGCGACCUAUGGCGCCCUCAAGUAUGUGGAUUGGGUCAUUGGGGACCUGAUCGAUGCUGUGAAAGAGCAAGACCAGUAUGACAACACUCUUGUCUUUCUCACAUCUGACAACGGCGGGGCCAUCUACGCAGGAACUGCCAACAACAACUUCCCGUUGCGAGGUGGCAAGUUCAACAACUUUGAUGGCGGACAGAGGGUGAAUGCCCUCUUCAGUGGUGGUUGGAUAGAAGGCGCAUUGAAUCACUACGACUUAAAGGCCUUUUACAGUGAGACGGUCAUGGCCAUGAAUGAUGUCCCGGAGACCUUGCUCCAGAUGGUCACCGGGAGGCCCUUCCCGGACGGUGGCAUGAGAAACAAGCCGGGACCAUUGUCUGGGAUCCCUUUGUGGGACAAGAUUCUACAGAAGCGCCAGGUGCCACGAAGGAUCACGUACUCAGAGACCAUGGAGAUCAAGGUGGGCCCGAACAUCGCUGACUUGCGAAAGAUCUGGUUCACCGAGAACAACACCAUCAUCGCGGAUGGCAACUGGUCCACAAACUUUCCAACCAAUAUUGAGUUCAUCCCAGAUCUCGCCUACCUCUACGUCCGUCCUUGUGGGGAGCCCUAUUGCCAUUUCGACUUGUACAGUGACUCCGGCGAGCAGAGCAACAUCAUUCUGUCCCCAGCACAAGAGCAGCGCAUGCGUCAGGACGUCUUUGAUGCCUGGAACGACAACAUCCUCGACAGCGCGCGCAUCAAGUCUUUGAACGGGAGCAACGGGUUGCCUUUUCAAGUGGCACUGUGGACCUACUACGGCAACUCAGGCCCCUUUGUGAACCUGGACGCAGAGCCGAUCUCGGUACCUGCCCAGUGUUGGUGCGACUGGAUUGAUGAUGGUGUGGCCCCGGAAGAGGUCACCCACAUGAUCAUCAACCUCUACCUUGGUAUACGAUGCACCAACACCAUCAAGGCGUUUGGGAUCGCAGGAGCACUUGCCUGUGAGCGUCCUUUGAGCCUAACUCAGGCGCCCAUCAAUUUCUCUCUUCAGGAGAAUAUGUGGAAGACGAUCGGCUAUGAGACCAGCAACUUCUCUUCUAUCCUGACCGCUCAGUGGAACGAGGGCCCUGUAGAGCUGCUGUUUCCCUUGCCCCUGCUGGAAUGGAACUUUGCGGCAAUCCACGGAUUGCAGAGCAUGAAUGCCCGCAGGGGCUUUGAGAAUUGGGCGAACAUCGAGAAGUACCCCUUCAACCUGGCCAUCCGCGACCGCUGCCCCCAGAUGGAGAUCUUCACGGCGCCCACGCCGCGCACCCAGGUCACCGACUGGUUCAUCUCCGCGGGCUUCUUCAACAACCCCACCGCCGGCGCGGGGGGCAACGGGAGGUUGGCCAUGGUCCUGGAGAAGCUGAACUUCACGUUGGACAACAAGGUCCGGGGCUGUUUCAUCGUGGGAGAGGACGCCAUGCAGUGCCCCAUCUUGGACAACAAGCCGCCGCUGGUGGAUCCCUUCGACGUGCCGAAUCGCACCUUCCAGGACUGCCUCGACAACUGCAUCCUGUGGGAUCCGGAUGCGUGAGGCUGUGAAGGGCUCGGGCUCGUGUUCGGUGAAGGAAGCAACGGUUGCAAGAAUCCUGGCAAUUUUUAUCAAUUGCUUGAUCCUGAACAAAGAUUUUGGGUUGCUCAGGCCUCAACACACUCAGGUUUUGUUUUGUUCAUGGUGGAGCUUUGGCUGUUGCAUUGAAUAUAUUUGUUGGUUGUGCCAAGUUUGUUUGCGUAGGGCGUAGUUGCACAUCUUUUGGGAGUUGAUAGACCAACUCGACCAGUGCUUGUGAUCAAAGACUCGCAAUGCCUGACAAUUAGCCGGAUUGGCUGUGAUUGCCAGACCGGUGUUGCCAAUUCAGUGUGAGGAAGCUCCUCAAUUUUCUGUCACCCAAAGCAUCGC